AUCACAGAACAUGUGUAACAAGAUUAUAUUUAUAAUUUUUCUACUUUUAUUAUUGUGCCUACAUUUUGAUGUUGCUGACAAGAUUAGAUACAUAAGUACGGAGCGGCCUCAUGUCAUGUAUUAUAAUCGAAAAUUCCUUUCCUAUGUAAAUAUAACGUCGAGACGGUUUAGCAGGAAGAACCCAUUUUACUAUGUGGAUUUGCAUUUUAAUAUAUUACGUUCAAUUGACAACAACUUUACGAUGAAUUUUUACUUCGCUCAGGACGUUGGUAAUGGACAUUUUCGGGUCAUACUUGAUAUGCACGAAAAAUGGUGCCAAUUUAUCACUAUGGACAAUAUAUUUGGAGUCGCCAUGAAACAGGGGAAGUUGCUGAAGCCCUGUCCACAUCCACCGGGUGAUUAUCACUUGUACAACAUGAGUAUACCAGUGGAGAAUAUACCCAGGAGUUUGCCGUAUUUGAAAGGACGUAUAUAUUCUAAUAUCACGCAUACUUCACUAAAGGAACCUAUAUGCAGUGGUUACAUAGACAUGGAAAUAAAAGAUUACAAGAAACAAUAA